AAAAUAAUGAAGAACUUAGUUUUAUUAUGUCUAAUUGCUUUAAAUCAAUCUAUACCAGCAUCUCUAAAAGAUUAAUGCACAUGUUCAAAGUUUCCAAAUGAAACCACUUGUUUAGAAUAAGAGCAUUGUAUAUGGAGAACUACACUCUGUUAAGACAGAAGUUGUAGUCAAUACUAUAACAAAGAUAAGUGCAAUGCAGUUUCACAUUGUUCAUGGAAUAUUUCUAAAUGUGCUGAAUUUACAAAAUGUACUGAUUAUUUCAUGAACGACUCUUAUGAUUGCUAUAAAAUAGGAAAUUAGGAUUUAAAUUAGUUUUGCAUGCCAACAGAAAACGGAAACUAAUGCUCUAACUAUGAAUUAACACCAUGUGGAAAUUUUGAAGAUGAUUGUGCUGGAUUUUAAACUUAAUGGAAAUUAUGUUAUUGGUACAAUAAUACUUGUAAUAUAAUUGAUAUUCGAUAUUGUGAUACUUAGCUUAAUGAAGAAUUAUGUUUUAUUUUUGGGUAAGGAUUAGGAUGCUAAUGGAAAGAUAACAAAUGUUAAGUUAUUGCUUGUUCAGAUUUUACAACAGAAAGUACAUGCAUUUUAUAAAGAUAAAAUUUCAUUGAAGAUGGAACUAUUCUUUGUAUGUGGGAUGGAGCUAAAUGCUAAGAAGCUUAAGAUGUCUCACAUUUAGAUUAUUCUAACUGUUUAGUUAAUUCAUUUUAUAAUUAUAUUUGGGACUCAACUAAAGGUGCUUGUGUUGCUUGUAGAGAUUACAGUCCACCAUCAUCAACUCCAUGAUAAUAAGAAAUACUUGAACUAUAAUAAAUAUAAUAUGCUUUUUUAAAAUUC